AUGACUAAUGAUCGUGGUCGAUCUAUUGAGGGUGUCAGGGACCUGAAGUGUUUGGUGAGCAAGGCUACCUAUGUCGUAAACAACAUCCCCUAUGAAGCUGACAAUGACUUAUGUCCAUGGCUAUGCAUGAGACCAACUGGUGGUCUAACGGCCACACUGUUGACACGUGACCAAUCUGCUAUCGCUGAAAUUAAGAAAUGGCUAGGAUCGGGACUGCUGUAUGAUGAUUUAAUUGAACCACUUGGUUCCUUGAAGGAGGCUUACCUCAACGACAAUAUCCGUACUUUAUCAAAGCUGAAGUCAUUGUGGAUCCGCCGGAAGGGCGAAACUAGAAGACGACUGGCCAAGAUCCGACGUACUGACCAAGACUCUAUAACAAUUGGCGAUACUGUCUGGCGUCGUAACCCAACUGCUGAAAAAUAUGGUACCUUAUUUUCUGGUCCCUAUGAGGUUGUUGACCGUGAUGGAGCAACUAUAAGUUUGAAGAAGGCAGAUGACGAUGUGAUCAUGCAAUGCCCUGUAAACCAGUUGAAGAAAGGACGAAGACCUAUUAAGACCGGUAAGGGUCCUACUUCUUCCACCUUCCUGGAAAAGGGUGUGCAAGUUGAGGUUGAGCCCGAAGUGCAUGAGGAAGAACCUCCAGUGAGCCGAGAAGAGUUGAAGAUAUGGCAAGAGGCUGUUAUGAAUGACGGUGCUGGGGUCAUGACACGAAGCCGCAAGAGGGCAGUCGACAGAGUCUCAGAUAUGUUGAAGUCUAACAAAAUUGCUCGUAAAGAGUGA